AUGGCAGAACUUUUGGUGGGCGCGUCCACAGGUGCCCUGGGUUCCCUCCUGAGAAAGUUGGCUGCAAUGUUGAGAGAUGAAUACAAGCUUCUCAAGAAUGUCUGUGGUGAUAUCAAAUUCCUCAAGGGUGAGCUCGAGGCCAUGCAUGCAUUCCUCCUUGAUAUGGCAGAUGUGCAGGAACCUGACCGCCAAGCCAAGCUUCGUGCGGAUGCUGUGCGGGAGCUGUCAUAUGACAUCGAGGACAAGAUCGACAAGUUCAUGCUGCUUGUGGACCAUGAGUCCAGUGUUGGCUCUGAUGGCUUCAGGGAGCUAUUUAGCAAAACAAUGAAAAAGAUAGCUGACCUCAAGACACGCCAUAAAAUCACUAAGGACGUCAAAGACAUUAAAAGCCAAAUCAAGGAGGUCACUGAGAGACACGCAAGGUACAAGAUCGAUGAGUCCUCUAGAACUAUAAAUAGAAAGGUUGACCCUCAACUUUGCGCGGUCUAUAAAAAUGGAUCAGAACUUGUUGGCAUUGAUGGCCCGAGAGAUGAGCUUGCGAAGUGGUUGUGUGACAAGGAGGGUGAAUCAGCACAUCGACUUAAAGCUGUCUCUAUUGUUGGAUAUGGGGGUUUAGGAAAGACAACUCUUGCCAAACAGGUCUAUGACAAUCUUGGAGCAAACUUUGAAUGUCGGGCUUUUGUGUCAAUUUCACGAAGUCCUGAUAUGAUGAAGAUCUUGAAUUCUAUAUUAUCUCAACUCUGCAACCAAGACUAUGCUCAUGCUGGAACACAGGAUCCACAACACAUCAUUGACCAAAUCAGAGAUUUCCUAAAAGAUAAAAGAUAUGGUAGGUUUACACUUUCUGGUAUUUAG